AUGACAUCAUCCCCUUCUUACACGCCACCUCUUAAAAGAAGAAAAUUCAACUCAAGUGAUGCCGUUGCUACAUCUAUUGCUGAAGCAAUCAAAGCCAACAAGACGCCAACCAACUUAGAUUUGUCUUUCAGUGGUAUUAGUAAUGCUGGUGUUACAUCCAUUGCUGAGGCAAUAAAAGUCAACAACAAGCUAACCCAUUUGGAUUUGUCAAACAGUGAUAUUAGUGAUGCCGGUGCUACAUCUGUUGCUGAGGCAAUCAAAGUCAACAACACGCUAACCAAUUUGGAUUUGUCUGAGAACCGUAUUAGUGAUGCGGGUGCUACAUCUAUUGCCGAAGCAAUCAAAGUCAACAAGACGCUAACCAAUUUGAAUUUGUCUGAGAAUCGCAUUAGUGAUGCCGGUGUUUUAUCUAUUGCUAGAGCAAUUAAAGUCAACAAGGCGCUAACCAAUUUGAAUUUGUCUCGCAAUAAUUUUAAUUUCGCCGGCGGUCUAUAUAUUGCUAGGGCAAUCCAGCAAAACUUCACGCUAACCCAUUUGGAUUUGUCUCACAAUUAUGUCGGUGAGGAUGAAGCUACAUCUAUUGCUGAGGCAAUCAAAAUCAACAACAUGCUUAGCAAUUUGAAUAUGGUUGGCAAUGGUAUUAGUAACGCCGGUGGUACAUCUAUUGCUGACAAACUCAAAGUCAACAAUACACUAACCAAGUUGGAUUUAUCUGAGAAUUUUAUUACUGGUGCCGGUGCUGCAUCUAUUGCUGAGGCAAUCAAAGUCAACAAGGGGCUAACCCAUUUGGAUUUGUCCCAGAAUCGUAUUGGUGAUGCCGGUGCUACAUCUAUUGCUGAGGCAAUCAAAGUCAACAACACGCUAACCAAUUUGAAUUUGUCUAUGAAUUGUUGUGGUGACGCCAGUGCUACAUCUAUUGCUGAGGCAAUCAAAGUCAACAAGGCGCUAACCAAUUUGAAUUUGUCUCGCACUAAGUGUGGUGACGUCGGUGCUACAUUUAUUGCUGAGGCAAUCAAAGACAACAAGACGCUAACCAAUUUGAAUUUGUCUCACAAUAAUUUUGGUGACGCAGGUGGUAAAUCUAUUGCUAAGGCAAUCAAAGACAACAAUACGCUAACCCAUUUGGAUUUGUCUUACACUUUCCAUAAUAAUGCCAUUGCUACAUCUAUUGCUGAGGCAAUCAAAGUCAAUAACACGCUAACCCAUUUGGAUUUGUCUUACAAUUUCCAUAAUAAUGCUAUUGCUACAUUUAUUGCUAACGCAAUCAAAGUCAACAAAAUGCUUAGCAAUUUGAAUUUGGUUGGCAAUGGUAUUAGUAACGCCGGUGGUACAUCUAUUGCGGAGGCAAUGAAAGUCAACAACGCGCUAACCAAUUUGAAUUUGUCUGAAAAUCUUAUUAGUCAUGCCGGUGCUACAUCAUUUGCUGAGGCAAUCAAAGUCAACAAGACGCUAACCAAUUUGAAUUUGUCUGCGAAUCGUAUUAGUGAUACCGGUGGUAUAUCUAUUGCUGAGGCAAUCAAAGAAAACUACACGCUAACCCAUUUCGAUUUGUCUCGCAAUCCUGUUUAUAAUGCUGUUGCUACACUUAUUGCUAAGGCAAUCAAAGUCAACAAAAUGCUAAGCAAUUUGAAUUUGGUCGGCAAUGGUAUUAGUAACGCCGGUGGUACAUCUGUUGCUGAUGCAAGCAAAGUCAACAACGCUGUAACCCAUUUGGAUUUGCCAAAGAGUGAUAUAAGUGAUGCCGGUGCUACAUAUAUUGCUGAGAAACUCAAAGUCAACAGCACCCUAACCCAUUUGGAUUUGUCUGAGAAUCGUAUUAGUGAUGCCGGUGCUACAUCUAUUGCUGAGGCAAUCAAAGUCAACAAGACGCUAACUCAUUUGUACUUGCUAGAGAGUGAUAUUAGUGAUGCCGGUGCUACAUAUAUUGCAGAGAAACUCAAAGUCAACAACACCCUAACCCAUUUGAAUUUGUCUGAGAAUCGUAUUAGUGAUACCGGUGCUACAUCUAUUGCUGAGGCAAUCAAAGCCAACAACACGCUAACCAAUUUGAAUUUGGUUGGCAAUGAUAUUAGUCGAGCCGGUGCUAAAUCUAUUGCUGAGGCAAUCAAAGUCAACAACACGCUAACCAAAUUGGAUUUAUCUGACAAUCGUAUCAGUGAUGCCGGUGCUACAUCUAUUGCUGAAGCAGUCGAAGUCAACUACACGCUAACCAAUUUGAAAUUGUUUCUCAAUGGUAUAAGUGAAGCCGGUGCUACAUAUAUUGCUUAUGCAAUCAGAGUCAAUAAAACUCUAACCAAGUUGGAUUUGUCUGAGAAUCGUAUUAGUGAUGUCGGUGCUACAUCCAUUGCUGAGGCAAUCAAAGGCAACAAGACUCUAACCACGUUGGAUUUGUCUGAGAAUGAUAUUGGCGAUGACGGUGCUAUAUCUAUUAUUAGGGCACUCAGUUUCAACAGGCUAAUCCAUUUGAAGUUGUCAGACAAUCCUAUUAGUCCUGGUUUGAGGAUGUGUAUAUCUGACGCAGAAGGUUGUUAACAAAGAUGUACAAAGCUGCGAAUGACUUGAACGGAUUCUGAAGUAAUAAUUGAACUUAUUGUACGUUUCCUUUUCUACUUUUCAUUGUAAGAAGCUUUUUUAUCUUUUCCUUUUUGUGAACGCAUGGAACAGUUUUUGAGGAGUUGUUUGUAAAUUGUUCUUAGUGGCACUUCAAUUAGAUAGCAUUCAAGUUAUAAUAGCUAUCUUGAUGAUGUUUUCUUCAUUUAAGGUGAUGCUUCUGAUCCCGAAGUAUUUACCUUAGAAGAGAAGAAGAAGUGUAACACGCCGUUGUUUUUAGAGAUUUUUUAUUAAAGGAACAUUAUUGAUAUGUAUCAUC